AUGAGCCAGCCCAAACUUCUGCCGACAGUCGCUCAACUAGCGGACUUAAAAAUUCGCCAGGGUCACCUGCGGCACCGCGAUGCACGCCCCGCUUGGACCGGUCGCGGCGACCCAGAUACGAUCUUUGCCAGCCUUGAUCUCGCUUCACUGUACGAGCGGCCCGAAUGCUCAACAAGUCGCGUCUCGGUCGACAGAUGGCGUUGC